AUGCCACUUGACCGGCAAGCCCCGACGCGAUUACGGACGCCGUCAGACGCGGGCUCGGAGCACAUUCGAGUAGUCAAGACGCAGCAGUUGGUCAACUACUUCCAGAGUAACUACAGCAGCUUUCUUGGCGGUCUCCUGGCAGACCAUGGAGCUCCACAGCCAACGCCGAUGUGUGGCACUACCCUGAAGAGCUUCACAUGUGCAACUCCACGUCCUUAUCGCGAUGUGGACUUUGAAGGGCGCUAUCGGCCUUCAUCUGGCAGUGGAAGGAGGCGUGAGCAAGAUCAAGGUACCACUCCGGUGCCUCUUUCUGCCCGUGUACAGGGCAGCACGCUGCAGGUUCUCGAGUCCCCCCGCAGCAAGGAUGCUCGUGGCCACCCGCUGAGCACUAGAGCUGGCGGCAAAGUGAAGAUUGCCUUGAGUAAAGAGUACAGCAAGGAUCCCAGUGGAGAGUCCAACGAGGCGACCUCAAAGGACGACGACGAGCAGAGAAAGCGCGAAGCGAGCGAGAGUUUGCGGGUGCUCGUCCUUGGAAUUCCCAGCGCGAAUGCCGAGCAUUCCGACAAGGAAUGGGCGGCUCAGCAUCGACGUGGUACCAAUGAAGAGGUGGAGACCUUUUGCAGAUGCUGGUGCCAGAUGGAUGCGGAUAAUGAUGGGGACGUCGACCUCGAGGAGUUCGCCAACUUCUUCAGCAAGCGAAAAGUGGACAGGGUGUUGGGGAUGCGAUGCAUCCGCUACCUCAUGCCCCGGGCGGCCUCACAAGGUAAAACCCUGGUAAGUAAGGACGACAUGAUGCGUCUCUUGUGGCCUUAUGCCGCGACUGAAGACAUGGACCACAUGUGCGUGGUCUUCGACCACUGCAGGCUGUGCACAAUAGCAGCGCAGCCGCCAAAGCUUUUGCCGCGAAAGCGGCGCACCGAGCUUCUGAAGUGUUUUCAGGAAAUGGACCGAAACCACACUGGUCUGGUUUCCUACAACGACUUGAUCCCUGCGGGAGUCGCUGACCAGAAUAUGGUCAAGAUCCUGCGUGACAAGUAUGAUACCACAAGAAGUGGCUUCUUUGACAAGAACUGCUUCUUGGAGAUGAUGGCGCCGAUGGGUUAUCGGGCACAUGAAUCCAUCGGCCAUGUUGUGUUGAAGGAUGGCAAGCGUGUGCGCUUCGUUGCGUGGAGUCGGGAGGGUUUGCGUUUUGAGGGAUGGCUGACAGACAAACACUAUGAGAAGCUCAAGGAUCACUAUGGGUUUGAAGGUGAUGCACCAGUUGAGGAGUGA